AGCCUCACACUCAAGUCCAGUAACAUCAAGAUCAAGUUUAAGACCGUGUGGUGGUGGUGGUGUGUCUUUCUCUCUGUGACCUUUGUGCUCGGAUUUAUUUAUUUAUUUAUUUAUUUAUCCUGCUGCUGGUUCCUCCCACACCAAGGUGUGGUGGCGGGCGAUGGCAUGAUGGCGUCGGGCAAGGAGCGGCGAGGCGCUUACGAACACGACUCUUCCAGCGACACCGACAACCCGGACUCGGACGGCAGGAGACCCAGGCCCUACAGGAACCGAUUUGGAUACCAGAGCUCCAGAUACAGCUCUUCCCCCAAGCCCAAGUCAUGCCUAGUGCAGCGCGGGGAGGCGGGAGGGGCCAUGGCCAUCGCUCACCACGCCCACCCAGGCUCCUCCCGCCCUCACCACCAUGAGUCUGCCAUCCCUAAAAUGACCCACCAACACAGAUCAGGGGUGCGGAACAGAGGCGUGGUCCAGCGUGGCUCCCUGGGGCACUCCUCCUCCCACGAAGACUCCUCCCCUCACGCCUCCCCCCACCCCUCCCCACACCCCUACAGCUCCUCCAGACCUACCAUACAGCAGGUGACCCAUCAGUGCACCCACACCAAGGAGCCAGGCCAGUCCUCCCUCCCCUCGAGUGACGACCGCAUCACACUGGUGGUUGAGGGAACGCGCUUCAUCGUGGACCCGGCCAUCUUCACCGCCCACCCCAACACCAUGCUCGGAAGAAUGUUUUCCUCUGGGCUAGAGUUCACGCACCCCAACGAAAGAGGGGAGUUUGAGGUGGCUGAGGGCUUCUCGUCGGCUGUGUUCCGCGCCGUGCUGGACUACUACAAGAGCGGGACGGUGCGCUGCCCUCCCUCUGUCAGCGUCCAGGAGCUGCGCGAGGCCUGCGACUACCUCCUCAUCCCCUUCGACGCCAACACCAUCAAGUGCCAGAACCUACGUGGACUCCUACACGAACUAAGCAACGAGGGGGCCCGGCAGCAGUUUGAGGUGUUCCUAGAGGAGCAUAUCUUGCCCCUGAUGGUCCUGGCAGCUCAGCGAGGAGACCGGGAGUGCCACAUCGUCAUCCUCUUGGACGAUGACACAGUGGAGUGGGACGAUGACUACCCACCUCAGAUGGGCGAGGAGUACAGCCAGACCGUUUGCUCAACAGCGAUGUACCGCUUCUUCAAGUACAUAGAGAACCGGGAUGUGGCCAAGCAGGUGCUAAAGGAGCGGGGACUCAAGAAGAUCCGGCUGGGCAUCGAAGGCUACCCGACCUACAAGGAAAAGAUCAAGAAAAGACCAGGCGGCCGGGCAGAGGUGAUCUACAACUACGUCCAGCGGCCCUUCAUCAGAAUGUCUUGGGAGAAGGAGGAAGCCAAAAGUAGACAUGUGGAUUUUCAGUGUGUCAAGAGCAAAUCCGUGACCGACCUCGCCGAAGCAACCGCUGACCCUGCUCUUGAUCGCGUGGUGACCCUCGAUCCACCACCCAUGGGUCAGGAGGCACCCCCGGAGGCCCCACUGCCGCUGGAGGGAGCCGUGGGGGGCGCAGACGGGGGGCACCAGGAGGAGGGGGCAGUGGGGGGGCACAAUAAUAAUCCCCCGAUGCCCCCCACUAGUGAAUCUUAUUCCGAGUGUACUACCAAGAGCAAAAAUGAACGACCAUGAAAACCCAAAUAAAUAACCUUGACGGCCUCGGCAGGUUGGCGGGCACGAGGAGGCAACAUGAGGGGCAGUGAUGGGGUCUGUCUUGAGUGCCGCCGCCGCCGCCGCCGCCACCACAGCCACUGCACCUCUUGGCCGCAAGCCUUGGCCGAGUCACGCAUUCCUCGGUGCUGCUGCCACCUCUCCCAGCCCUGAGAUCUCCCUACAGUCCAUUUGUCUUCCCUCUCCCGUAUACUACUACUCCCCGCCUUCGUCUCUCCCCUCCCCCUCGUCUCUAUCCUCCCGUCACUCCGCAUCUUCUCGCUCCCGCCUCUCCCCUCCUCCUCCUGCUUACUCCACAUCUCCAUCUUCCUCCCGCCGUGCCUCUCACCCACUGUCGCCUCAUCCUGGUCCUUCCCCUCCUUUUCACUCUCCGCCGCCUCCUCCCCUGUCCUCCCCUGCCUCAGACUCUGCCCCCCUCCUGGGCCCUGCUUCAAGCCCUCUGCUGUGCUCCAUCUGCCGCACACUGCUCACACAACUCACUGCACUCAAGGACAGAGUAUUUCAUCGCCCCUACGACCGUCUGUAACUCACACAUUGGCACUAACAAUGGAACCGGGCGUGUCUGUUUUUGUACCCCGUGCCCGCCCAUGCAAUGCAAACUUUGGGGUCCUGAUACUGACGUCUACCUCGGGAAUCACACUUGUUGGGGGGUUCCCGAGCUCCUGAUGCUGCCGUUCACACACGAGGCUCUGUUUCGAGGAAGUCCUGCCUGACUGAAAGCACGCCAAGUCCUACUCUGCCGCUGGACUGGCACGAGUGUCAGCCGUGGCCUCCCGGCACCUCUUUACUGGGAGACUCUGCUUCCUCCUUGCCACUUAUAGUCAAGUGAGAAGCCAUUGCCUUAUGAAGUGUUAUUUGCUGUUAUUAUUAUACAUGGUUUGGUGCUUCUUCUGAACUGUAUGAGUGACAAGUUUGCCAUUUUUGCAUUAAGGUUUGGCUGAGUGUGUCUCCACGUGACAUCCUGACCUUGCCUUGCUGCGUCUAUACAGGUAGACCUUAGCUAGUGAUAGGGAAUGGCCAAUUUUUAAGCAUAGCAGUACUAGGAACACUUUUACAUGAUAUCACAAAGAGAAAGACAGGGAGUGUAGGUAUUGUCCUUUUUUAUUUAGUGUUUCGACAAGCAUCUAUUUGAGUAAGUUUCUGUACAUAAUAUUAAUUCUUAGGGUAAUGUUAUUUCUCUACUGGUUUGUGUGUGUGUGUGUGUGUGUUUGUCAGCAUGCGUGUAAAAGAGAAAGAGUGAGUGUUAGUAUAUGUGUACAUUUGUGAGUGGGUGUUAUGUUAUGAUGGUUUUGUGUAUGUGUGUGUGUGUGUGUGUGUAAGAGAGAAAGAGUGAGUGUUGUGUGUGUGUGUGUGAGUGGGUGUAAUGUGAUGAUGGUUUACUAACCAUGUUAUUUCGGCUGUGGUCGUUUGCUGGUAUCUGUUAACACACGGUGAAUUCAUUAUCUAGGCUCACGAGGCAGCCUGUGGUGUGGUCACUAAGGCCUCCAACCACCAUCUUGUGUUUCUCUUUUGAUGAUGUCCAUAAAUAUGUGUGAAUGUGAGGUGGUCCCCGUGACAGUUGUCUUAUGCAUGAGAGUUUUACACACACACUGGUAAGGUUGUUUGAGUUGGGUAAGUUUGCCAUUUUGUCUGCACUCUUCCAGUCAGUACUCGCAUCAGCAGAGAAACUACUCAGGAAAGUGAACUGCAGUGCGAAAACAAACUUUGGUCAAAAUAAAUGUUGAUAAAAAAUGUGUAUAUUCUGAAAGCAGCUGAUGUUUCCACCUCGGCUUCAUUUUCCAGAGUUCUUAUUUAUUUUUGCUGAUAAGAAUACUGAUUGUGAAAGUGUGUACAGCUGUGGACAAAGCAAUUGAUCUACCUUUAUCUACAAUCUUUGUGGCCCUGAUGCCCUUUUCUGUGCGCUAGACCUCCUCCUCCUCUUCUGCCAGUCCAUCACCCAUUUCUUUUUCUCCCAAUCUCACCCUCCAUUCUCCUCCUUCAUGUGACUCUCUGCAUAGAAAGGCCCCACCAAGGCACAGGUCAUGAGCAGUGGAUCCAUUUUUUGUCCACAACUGAACUAAUGAAGGACUUACAGCUGCAUCGACAAAGAGACCAGCACUCGUUUUAUUGGUCCUUCUGCCGGGAGUGAAGUUGCUAACUCCGAACAGAAGAACCAGUCAGCCCAGUGUCGCCCUCUACACAGGAACAGCUCUGAAGUCCCCCAUUGGCAAACAUACUCUAAUUACUCUGUUGGUGAUUAGCAGUUCUUGGGCUGGUGAUAGCUCCCAGUGUAGAACUAACCAGUGUUACCAGUCCUGUCCGAGAGCUUGUUUUGGGUCAGCCAUGCGCCGUCACCUCACACUCAGAGGGACGGGAGGCUCCUGGCAGUCGGUUCCCCUCGAGUGUGUCGUGACGACCUGCUGCCAUCAUUUUUGAAACUGUCCAAAGCCUCUGCCAGUGAAGGGUGAGGCUGCCCUGGUGGUGGUGGUGGUGGCAGGGUGGCCAUGGAGGAGGCAAGCCGCUGCACUGACAGUCAUUCACUCAUGCACUAGAAUAAACAAAUUAGGGUCAGGAAGUUUUUCAGCAACUAUUAUUUAUUUGAUCAUAGUGGAUAACAUGAGCAUGCCUGCCUUGUAUAGGUCUACCAGCCUCUUGCAGACUCCUUAUGUUCAUAUAUUUUCCUUAAAGAUCAUACCACCAUGGCUCUUUUUUUUUUUUAGCAUUUCAAAGUGUGCUGCUCAUGCUCAAGGAAAGUCAAGCCACUAAAGAAGUUUGGCCCAGCCAGGCUCUGAUGCUUCCCUCUGAGAAAAGGUGCAUUUCACCCUCAAGGAAAGUAGCGUCCAUGGAAAAGUCAACCCAUCAACUUGGCCCUAAAAAGUUAUUAGAAAACUUUGAUGUCUGUUUGAGUGUACUGUACACAGUAAUGGAGCUUGACAACACAGAGAAAUACUUCCAAACAUGUUUUCUUGCAAACUUGCAGAAAAACAGCUGAAAAAGUAUUUAGCAAGGAACAUACAGGUGCAUGUGAUGGUGAUAUCUUCUGUCUCAAGACACAUUUUUUAUUUGCAGUAGAAAAAAUAUUUAUCAUUAUUUUUAUCCCUGGUAGAAUACAGUUAUUUUAUUUCUUAUUGGACUUUUUUUUGUAUAAUAUAACUUUCCAUUAAUUUAAUCUUAGAAACAGUUUUACUUUACAUAGAUUUUUUUUCCAUUGUUAUUGUCUACUAUUAUUAUAUUCCUUGCCUUAUUACAUUGUAGUGGAGAUUGAAAUGUGGGAAAGAUUUCGUCCAGGGAUGACACGAUGGAUAUGACCACUUGGGCGAGGGCAUCACACAGGGCUGCCUGGGCUCCUGAGCUGGUGAGGACCUUACCUGGGUUGUGAGAGGUGGGUUGGUGCACCCUCACCAACCACACCUCACUGUCUUUAGCCUCACCAACUCUCACUACUUAACCCCUUGACUGCGGAUUUCCUACAAGAAUACAUCACCAAGCUACAGAAAUGGAACAAAAACUGGCUGCUACAAUUCAGUGAAGAAAAAUGUAAAGUCAUGCACUUUGGGAGAGGAUAUCCAGCAUACCAAUACCACAUGGGAAACACUCCACUAUCCACCACAGAGGUAGAGAAAGACCUGGGAGUAUAUGUUACCAGGCUACCAGUGAAGGGAUAUCCAGCACACCAAUACCACAUGGGAAACACUCCACUAUCCACCACAGAGGUAGAGAAAGACCUGGGAGUAUAUGUUAUCAGGCUAUCAGUGAAAGCCAAAUUCGUGCCAAUUGCAGCAGACAGGUUGAAUCAUGAAGUUAAUAAAGCCUACAGACAACAUUUGCACAUGGAACAUAACAGUUUCGCACAUACACUAUACACGCACAGUUAACCACAGCAACAUAAGGCUUGUAUAUCACUAGAGUGCAGUUGGGUCUUCGCCAGUUGUUAAAAGAGAAAUCAUCACCAACAUAGUCUGAUACUUCUCUUACUUCUUUUUAUUACUGCUUAGGGCUUCUGAUUAUUAUUCUUCUGAGUUUAAAUGCCUCACUACUACACUUGUUUCCUUUGCAAAUAUCCUUAAAACUCUUGUUAUGCCACUAUACACACUUUCACAUGCUCAGCUGCACCCUGUUGAGUGUACAUUCAUAUUACAGAAUUUUUAGCAGUUGUCUACAUUCAGCUUUCACCCAACAGCGAUGCCAGAUGCAGAACUUGGCCCCACAUCAAUUUUCUCUCGUGUUAGUCUUCAUAUUUAUAUUUUCAAGGCCCCAGCCACUUUUGCUUUGUCCCCACUUGGUUACUCUGCACUUCCCACCACUUGCAGAACUUAGCCUCAUAUCAAUAUUCUUUUAGUCAUGUAAAUCUUCAUAUUCAUAUUUUUCGGAAGGCGCUAAAGUGUCAAGGUACCAGUCAGUUCCAUUUUGUCCCCACUCAGUCACUCUGCACUUCUCACCAUAUUCAGAACUUGGCUUCAUAUCAAUAUUCUUUCUGUCAUGUUAAUCUUCAUAUCUGUAUUAUUGGAGGGCAUCAGUGUCAAGGUCCCAGUCAUCUCUGUUAAGUCUCCACUCGAUCACUGCACCUCCCACCAAAUCCAUAACUUGGCCUCAUAUCAAUUUUCUUUUUGUCAUGUUAAUCUCCAUAUUCAUAUUUUUGGAGGGCCCUAGAGUGUCAAGGCCCCAGUCAUCUCUGUUGUGUCUCCACUCGGUCACUCCGCACCUCCGCCAGCUCCCCUGCCGUCCCACACCACCACCCUGGCCACACUCCGAAGCCUCGUCUCAUUUUGCAGUCCGGUGUAAAAUUUUCCGAUGGUAAUAAAACUUGUUGAGCGAGGUGAUUUUUUUGUAUAUGGAAGGAGCGGCGCACACAAGCCUCCUUCGUGUUGUAUAACGUGUCGGGCCUAUUCUUAUACUUUGCUUUCUGGGAGGGUGGCGACCAUGGGCAUUUUUUAUUGUCCUUGCCCAUGACCAGCCUCCUUGUAUAUAUAAACAAUAAUAAAAGAAUAAAAUUGAA